AUGUUUCUCCUCCUAACAGAAGCCUCAUUUGCUCUGGACUUUUACUACCAAAACUGCAGUGUUCCCGUAAGUUGUGGCCGCCAAAACAUUAGCUAUCCAUUCUACAUCCCAGGCAGGCAAGAAUCCUUCUGUGGCUACCCUGGCUUCCAGCUCUCUUGCCAUGGAGAUGGUGAAGAUGCCUACCCACUUCUCCGAUUGUCUGGUAACAAUUACACCAUCCACAAGAUCGAUUACCAAAGAAAGUCUCUUCUUGUCUCAAAUUCUCUGCUUUCAGGCUACUUAGAAAGCACUGCUUGUAACGAUGAUAUUUCAUCACUCCAUAACUUAACCCUUCCCAAUGAUCAGUUCGAGUUGGCUUCAAACCGAGCUGACUUCUUUUUGCUCUACAAUUGCAACUUUUCUGUGGUUGAGUCAUUUCCAAAGUACAAAGUCGGUUGCUUUGAUCAGCCAACUAACAAAACCAGAAGUAAUACUUCAGUUCUGGCUCUGCCUCGGGAUGAAUAUCCAAAAUUUGGAAGUCACAAGUGUGGAGGAGAAGUGGUGGUGGCUCAUGCUGGAAGAGGGGGUGAGAACGGUGAGUUGGGAUUAAUACAAGAGGUUUUGAGCAGAGGGUUUGAGCUGAACUGGUUUGCUGGUGACUGCAACCGCUGCCAAGACAGUGGAGGGAGGUGUGGCUUCAAUUACACAACCUACCAUUUUAGGUGUCUCUGCCCACGGAGGACUCAUUCUGUGCGCUGCCGGGAUGAUGAAGGAGAUAAAUUGGGAUUGAAGCUAGGACUAGGUAUUGGAUGUCCAGUACUUAUUGCAGUAUGCUUGUUUCUUCUAUGGCAUUACAAACAAAAACGCGCUGCAUCAAACUUCCUCUCAAGGAACAUUUCUUCUCAGCCCCACACAAAUUCAGACAUAGAAGGGGGCGUCACCUACUUUGGUGUCCCAGUCUUCACCUACACUGAACUUGAAGAAGCCACUAAUCAUUUUGAUGGUGAAAAAGAACUGGGAGAUGGAGGUUUUGGAACCGUGUACUACGGCAAACUCAAAGAUGGCCGGGAAGUUGCAGUCAAGCGUUUAUAUGAGCACAAUUACAAACGUGUGGAACAGUUUAUGAAUGAAAUUGAAAUUCUCACUCGUCUGCGCCACCAAAAUUUAGUCUCCCUAUAUGGCUGCACUUCACGCCGCAGCCGUGAACUCCUCCUUGUGUACGAAUACAUUCCCAAUGGCACUGUUGCUGAUCAUCUCCACGGCGAGCAAGCAGACACUGGCGCACUGGCAUGGCCUAUUCGUAUGAGCAUUGCUAUAGAAACCGCAAGCGCAUUGUCUUACCUCCAUGCUUCCGAAAUUGUACAUCGUGAUGUGAAGACUACCAACAUUCUCCUUGAUAACAAUUUUUGUGUAAAAGUUGCAGAUUUUGGGCUCUCCAGGCUUUUCCCCAUGGAUGUCACCCAUGUCUCAACUGCUCCACAAGGGACCCCUGGUUAUGUUGACCCAGAGUACCACCAGUGUUACCAGCUAACUAGUAAAAGUGAUGUUUAUAGUUUUGGGGUUGUUCUCAUUGAGCUUAUAUCAUCUCUGCCAGCAGUUGAUAUAAGCAGGCAUAGGCAUGAGAUUAAUUUGGCUAACUUAGCCGUAAGCAAGAUUCAGAAAGGUUUAUUCAAUGAGUUAGUAGAUCAACGUCUCGGAUUUGAGUCAGAUGAUGAAGUUAGAAGGAUGGUAAUUGCAGUAGCAGAGUUGGCUUUUCAAUGUUUGCAGCUGGACAACGACAUGAGGCCUACCAUGUGUGAGGUUUUGGAGGCUUUGAAGACAAUUGAAAGCGGGAACGAUUUGGCAGAUAAUUUAAAGCCGGCAUUUGAUAAUGCCGGGAUGAAAACGAAUAUACUGCCACCACCUUCACCAGAUUGUGAUGAGAUUGGGUUGCUGAAGAAGAAGAGACUACUAUCUUCACCAAUUUCAGUGACCCAAAAAUGGCCCAGCACUAGGUCUACUACACCUAAUGCCAGUGCCUGA